AUGGCGUCCUCGACUGCUAAUCACCCGACACCUCCAUCAUUAUCCCUCCCACCAUCCCAAUUCGCCCGCCUCCAACCCCACGCCUAUCUUCUCGCCCACCUUUCCCCACCAGCAGCAAGCAAGCAACCCUCGCUCCGUGCCAACGGUCGUGCAGCCUCGCAAUUCCGUGUCACAUCUGCCAAUGCAGGCUCCUUAACCCACACAAAUGGCAGCGCAGUGGUACGAAUCGGUGAUACUGUUGCCGUCUGCGGUGUUCGCGCAGAAAUUCUCAACACAGAGGACAUUGCUUCAUGGAGUGUGUCGCACGCCUCCGAGGAGUCCUCCGACAAGACAUCCAAAUCUGAAGGAGACACUGACUCCCAAGAUAAGGAGGACCAAGCCCAUAUUCAAGACUUGAACCUGCUGGUUCCCAACCUCUCCCUCAGCACUGGCUGUGCGCCGGGCUUCACUCCCGGUGCAGCGCCUUCCGCUCUCGCCCAGUCUCUCUCUCACCAGCUUCUUUCUCUACUGCACAGUACUCGUCUCGUUCAAGCCGAUGACUUGCGCAUUUGGUAUCAGCCGCCAAAUCUUGAGGCGGAGGCAUUGGGGGAGCAGAUGGAUGUGGAUUCGGAGGAGAGUGGAAACCCCGCGCGGGAGAUCAAAGCUUUCUGGGUGCUCUACAUUGAUGUCAUGAUUAUUUCCUUGGCAGGAAACCCGUUAGAUGUUGCUUGGGCUUCUGUAUUGGCUGCGCUACGUGAUACCAAGCUCCCCAAGGCUUGGUGGGAUGACGAUAACGAUACUAUUCUAUGCUCGGAUGAUAUUGCGGAUGCGAAAAGGCUCUCGUUGCGUGGUUUGCCCAUUGUCAGCUCCUUCUGUUCCUUUGAAGCCGAUGCUGCUGCUGGCUGGAGAUCUGUUGUCAUUCCCGAUGCCGAAGAGCAAAAGGCACAGGAAGAGAAGCAGAGAAAGCAGGGUAUGCAGCAAAGGUGGAUCUUGGCAGACCCAGAUGGAUACGAAGAGGGAUUGAGCCAGGAGCGGGCUUGUAUUGUUGUGGACAAGGAGAAUGGAGGCGAAGGAAAGACCGUCAUUGUGAAGAUGGAGAAGCAUGGUGGCUGGGCUUUGGACGGGGAUGAUAUGCGGCAGCUCGUGGAUGUUUCUACUCAGAGAUGGGAUGAGAUGAAGCGGAUAUUGGAUCAAUGCUGA